CACUGUUCGACGAGGGUAGUCAUCCAACGUUGGUGAUUAGUAAAAAGAAUGAAGGCGAAAACGUAAAUAAAUUAAAUUUUAGUGAUUUAUUCCUAAGUUUUGCGUUAAUUUAUUUAAUUUUUAAACGAAAACAGUGUCCGGAUUUAUGUGCGUCCGUGUUAUACCAAAAAUCAGCCCGUAAAUGCCCCAAAAUGUCCAGGAACAAAAUCGCAGCUAGGAAUAUCCUACACAACAAAGUUGAAGUGAAAAGCAAGUUUGAAGCCGAAUUCCGAAGAUUCUCCCUAGAACGCAACGCCCAAGCCAAAUUCGAUGAGUUCAAGUCCCUAUUGGAACGACUACAUAAACUUAAGGACCUAGCCUUUUUAAUAUCCUACAUAGACCCCAGUGACCAGGAUUUGUUGCCGAUUAAUAACGAUGACAAUUUGAGGAGGGCCCUUGUUAACGCCAAACCUUUAUUGAGAGUCAUUAUACAGAGAAAAGGAGACAGCCUAGAAGAACUAAACGGUUAUGGUACCAUAAAGCCCAGGAACCUAAUCUCUACAAUCUUAGGAGGUACUCCAGCUAGACCCCGUACAUUACCCAUAUCAAAUCCACAUGAUUUUCGACAAGUCUCCGCCAUCAUCGAUGUAGAUAUCGUCCCAGAAACGUGUCGGAGGGUGCGCUUGCUCAAACACGGUUCCGAUAAGCCGUUGGGGUUUUACAUAAGGGAUGGGACCAGUGUAAAAGUUACUCAAAAUGGGUUAGAGAAAAUACCAGGAGUUUUUAUCUCAAGACUCGUUCCGGGGGGUCUAGCGGAGUCCACCGGUCUGCUAGCUGUAAACGAUGAGGUCCUAGAAGUAAAUGGGAUUGAAGUUGCUGGAAAAACUUUAGAUCAGGUCACUGAUAUGAUGAUAGCCAACAGUUCGAACUUAAUCAUAACUGUGAAACCAGCCAAUCAAAGAACAGUGGGCCCAGUGAGACGUGGCAGUUUCGGUAGGAAUUCCCACAUGUCCAGCGGUUCUCAACAGUCCCACACGACUGGCGGUUCCGAUCCAGACGACAAAUUCGACCAGGAUGAAAUUGUAGACUUGACGGCGAACAUUCAUUUGGAAGAGGGAACGAAUAAUGUGGUCAAGGAUGACGGAAUUUUGCACCUUUAGUAAGAGAUUAGGGUUGAUUAAAUUGUAAGGUGGGCGAAAAUAUAAGAGAAAUUUAAUGGCAGCAAAUGGAAAGCUAAAUUAGUAAGUAAUUUUGGUUUGUUUUUGGUCAGUCCUUUUGUGAUAUUUUUUUUUGUUGAAAAUUCACCUUACUUUUUAUGUAGAUAUUGAACUGAGCAAAUGUACUUAAGACUAUCAGUUACAUUCCUUAGCUACUUUUUUUACUUAUAUUCCAUCUACUGUGUUACGAUUUAUUCCUUUUAUUUUGGGAAUUUACAAUUUUACUUGUAUUCCAACAAGACUUAUUACAUUUAAGACAGUGUUCCAAAUGAACUUUGCAAAACUAUUUUCCAAUUUUGCAAGGUUAUUCUAAAAAUUAUCAGAUUUUAGCAUUAUUAUCAUUUUUAAUCCAUUAUUAUAAUGUUUUUUGUAGGUCUUGCAGUUUUAUAAUAUUUAUUCUUGUAUUACUUAUUAUUAAUUAUUUUUGUUUAUUUUAGCCGGAUAAUAUUUUUAUUAUUAUAGAAUUUUCAAUAACGACUUUUUGUCCGAUUUUGAAAUAAUAUUAUCGAAUUUUUAGAUUUUUAAUUGUUUAUCGUGAUAUAUUAAAUUUUUUGUCUGUCUUUUUAAAAGUGUAUUUUUUUUUUGCUGUUUUAGUACUUAAUUUUACAAAUUUAUACUUUUUAGAGUUAGUUUCUUAAUGAAACCAGAAUUCUUGUAAAUAUUUUAAUUUUAUUACUUUUAGUACCUUUUACGACGUAUUUUUUCCGUACAUGUAUUUUAUUUUAUACACUCGAUAUAUUGGUAUAAAUUUAAACAAUUUCUUGUUUAAAUGCCUUAUGAAAUAAUAAUUGAAAAUUUAAAUAACUAUCAAGACUUUGGUCCGUCCUAAAAUUUGCCUUAAAAACAAAAAACAAAAUCCAUUGAUAUGUUGUAUUAAACAUUUUAGGCUAAUUAAUAUAUUAAACCAAGAUGUUUACCUAUAUAAAAAGUUUUCAAACUAUGUAUUGAUAUUGUUAAAGGUACAUUUCUAAUGCAAUCGUUUUUAUACAAUAGAGUUGCAUCACACAUGUACUUAUUUUUUAAAAAAGUUAUUAGAAAUAUAUAUUUCAAGUUAAUAACUGUAAUUUUAUUUAUUUGUUCCUUUUGCUAGAAAAAUACUGUAUAAAUCAAACCAAAAAAAUACAUGGUGUCUGAUAGGCAUUUCUUCAAGGCUAGAGAAAUAGAUUUUACAUAAUGUACUUCAUACUCUUAAAUAGGGUUUAUAUGGUAUGGUAAAUCGUUUAUGAAUUAUUUUAAAUUUUAUCUUAA